UGGGCCCGGGGGAGGGUGGCGCCGUGAGCGAGCGGGGACCGGGCUCUCCUGCCCCUUCCCCUGCCCCUGGGCCGCCAGGAUGGAGGCGGGGUCGGGUCCCCCGGGCGGCCCGGGAUCCGAGAGCCCCAACCGGGCGGUGGAGUACCUGCUGGAGCUGAACAACAUCAUAGAGAGCCAGCAGCAGCUGCUGGAGACCCAGCGGCGGCGCAUCGAAGAGCUGGAGGGCCAGCUGGACCAGCUCACCCAGGAGAACCGCGACCUGAGAGAGGAGAGCCAGCUGCACCGCGGGGAGCUGCACCGGGACCCCCACGGCGCGCGGGAUAGCCCGAGCCGCGAGAGCCAGUACCAGAACCUGCGCGAGACCCAGUUCCACCACCGCGAGCUGCGGGAGAGCCAGUUCCACCAGGCGGCCCGGGACGUGGGCUACCCGAACCGGGACGGCGCCUAUCAGAACCGGGAGGCUGUGUAUCGGGACAAGGAGCGGGACGCCUCCUACCCACUCCAGGACACUGCUGGUUACUCUGCCCGCGAGCGCGACGUGGCCCAGUGCCACCUGCACCACGAGAACCCAGCCCUGGGUCGCGAGCGUAGCGGGCGGGAGGCCGGGCCAGCGCACCCGGGCCGCGAGAAGGAAUCCGGCUAUUCGGCGGCGGUGGGCGUGGGGCCCCGUCCACCGCGAGAGCGGGGCCAGCUGAGCCGUGGCGCAUCCAGGAGCUCCAGCCCCGGGGCCGGCGGCGGCCACAGUACCAGUACCAGCACCAGCCCGGCCACAACCCUCCAGAGAAAAUCUGAUGGUGAGAAUUCCAGAACAGUCAGGUCCACAGCGUCUCAUACUCUACACCAGUAUUGCUGUCCUACUCAGGUCCUUGACUCCAUGAAGCUUACCCCCUCAGGCAGGCUGGCAGAGAGCAGUGUGGAGGGUGAUGCCCCAGGCAGUGACCUGAGCACAGCGGUUGAUAGUCCCGGGAGCCAACCCCCCUACCGGCUGAGCCAGCUGCCCCCAACCAGCAGCCACAUGGGGGGCCCCCCUGCUGGGGUGGGCCUUCCCUGGGCUCAGCGGGCUCGCCUCCAGCCAGCCAGUGUUGCCCUGAGGAAGCAGGAAGAAGAGGAGAUAAAGCGCUCCAAGGCCCUGUCCGACAGCUAUGAACUCUCCACGGACCUGCAGGACAAGAAGGUGGAAAUGCUGGAGAGGAAGUAUGGGGGCUCCUUCCUGAGCCGCAGGGCUGCCAGGACCAUCCAGACGGCCUUCCGCCAGUACCGCAUGAACAAGAACUUUGAGCGGCUCCGCAGCUCAGCUUCAGAGAGCCGCAUGUCCCGCCGCAUCAUCCUUUCCAACAUGCGGAUGCAGUUCUCCUUUGAGGAAUAUGAGAAGGCACAGAACCCCGCGUACUUCGAGGGCAAGCCUGCCUCGCUGGACGAGGGUGCCAUGGCUGGUGCCCGGAGCCACCGGCUUGAACGGGGGCUCCCAUAUGGAGGCUCCUGUGGAGGGGGCAUCGAUGGUGGGGGAAGCUCCGUCACCACAUCUGGAGAGUUUUCUAACGACAUCACAGAGCUUGAGGACUCCUUCUCCAAACAGGUAAAGUCUCUGGCUGAAUCCAUUGACGAGGCCUUGAACUGCCACCCAUCGGGGCCCAUGUCUGAGGAGCCAGGGUCAGCCCAGCUGGAGAAGCGAGAGUCGAAGGAACAGCAAGAGGACAGCUCGGCCACAUCCUUCAGUGACCUUCCCCUCUACUUGGAUGACCCAGUUCCCCCACCAUCCCCUGAGCGACUGCCCAGCACAGAGCCCCCACCCCAGGGCCGGCCUGAGUUCUGGGCACCCGCCCCUCUCCCACCAGUUCCUCCACCAGUGCCACCAGGGACCCGGGAAGAUGGUAGCCGUGAGGAAGGCACUCGCAGGGGUCCUGGGUGCUUGGAAUGCCGGGAUUUCCGGCUGCGAGCUGCCCACCUUCCCCUGCUUACUAUUGAGCCUCCUAGUGACAGCUCCGUGGACCUGAGUGACCGCUCAGAUCGCGGCUCUGUCCACCGUCAGCUCGUGUAUGAGGCUGAUGGCUGCAGCCCCCAUGGGACCCUGAAGCACAAGGGGCCACCAGGCAGGGCCCCGAUCCCACACCGCCACUACCCAGCCCCAGAGGGCCCAGCCCCAGCCCCGCCAGGGCCCCUGCCACCAGCCCCCAACAGUGGCACUGGGCCCAGUGGUGUGGCUGGGGGUCGGAGGUUGGGGAAGUGCGAGGCAGCAGGCGAGAACUCUGAUGGUGGAGAUAACGAGAGCCUUGAGAGCUCCAGCAAUUCCAACGAGACCAUCAACUGCAGCUCUGGCUCCUCUUCGCGGGACAGCCUGAGGGAGCCUCCAGCCACCGGCCUGUGCAAGCAGACUUACCAGCGGGAGACCAGGCACAGCUGGGACUCGCCAGCCUUCAACAAUGACGUGGUGCAGAGGCGGCACUACCGAAUCGGCCUCAACCUCUUCAAUAAGAAGCCAGAGAAGGGUAUCCAGUAUCUGAUCGAGCGGGGCUUCCUGUCAGACACGCCGGUGGGAGUGGCUCACUUCAUCCUGGAACGGAAAGGCCUGAGCCGGCAGAUGAUAGGGGAAUUCCUAGGGAACCGGCAGAAGCAGUUCAACAGAGACGUGUUGGACUGUGUGGUGGAUGAGAUGGAUUUCUCCUCCAUGGAUUUGGAUGACGCACUCCGGAAGUUCCAAUCCCAUAUCCGGGUUCAGGGUGAGGCCCAGAAAGUGGAACGACUCAUCGAAGCCUUCAGCCAGCGGUACUGUGUGUGUAACCCAGCUCUCGUGCGCCAGUUCCGGAAUCCAGACACCAUUUUCAUCCUUGCUUUUGCCAUCAUCCUCCUCAAUACCGACAUGUACAGUCCCAGCGUCAAGGCUGAACGCAAGAUGAAACUAGAUGACUUCAUCAAGAACCUGAGAGGGGUUGACAACGGUGAAGACAUCCCCCGAGACCUCCUGGUGGGUAUUUACCAGCGCAUCCAGGGGCGUGAGCUGCGGACCAACGACGACCACGUGUCCCAGGUGCAGGCCGUGGAGCGCAUGAUUGUGGGCAAGAAACCGGUCCUGUCUCUUCCUCACCGUCGACUGGUUUGCUGCUGCCAGCUCUAUGAGGUGCCAGAUCCAAACCGCCCACAGAGGCUAGGGUUGCAUCAGCGAGAGGUCUUCCUCUUCAACGAUCUCCUUGUGGUCACCAAAAUUUUCCAGAAGAAGAAGAUCUUGGUGACGUACAGCUUCCGUCAGUCCUUUCCCCUCGUGGAAAUGCACAUGCAGCUCUUCCAGAAUUCAUAUUACCAGUUUGGGAUCAAGUUGCUGUCUGCAGUACCCGGCGGGGAGCGCAAAGUCCUCAUCAUCUUCAACGCCCCCAGCCUCCAGGACCGGCUGCGCUUCACAUCCGACCUGCGAGAAUCCAUCGCUGAGGUGCAGGAGAUGGAGAAAUACCGCGUGGAGUCGGAGCUGGAGAAGCAGAAAGGUAUGAUGCGGCCUAACGCCUCACAGCCCGGAGGGGCCAAGGACUCGGUGAACGGCACGCUGGCCCGAAGCAGCCUGGAGGACACGUAUGGGGCAGGCGAUGGGCUCAAACGGGGAGCGCUCAGCAGUUCCCUGCGAGACCUCUCUGAUGCAGGGAAGCGGGGGCGGCGUAACAGCGUGGGAUCGCUGGACAGCACCAUCGAAGGGUCUGUUAUUAGCAGUCCACGCCCUCACCAGAGGAUGCCACCUCCGCCCCCACCCCCGCCGCCAGAGGAGUACAAGAGCCAGAGGCCCGUCUCCAACUCCUCAUCCUUCCUGGGCUCCCUAUUUGGAAGCAAGCGGGGCAAGGGGCCCUUCCAGAUGCCACCACCGCCAACAGGCCAGGCCUCUGCCUCCUCUUCGUCUGCUUCUUCCACCCACCACCACCACCACCACCACCACCACGGUCACAGCCACGGCGGCCUGGGGGUGCUGCCUGAUGGGCAGUCCAAGCUCCAGGCCCUGCAUGCCCAGUAUUGCCAAGGACCGGGACCGGCCCCGCCCCCCUACCUCCCACCCCAGCAGCCCCCUCUCCCCCCACCUCCUCAGCAGCCCCCGCCCCUGCCGCAGCUGGGCUCCAUUCCACCGCCUCCUGCCUCAGCUCCUCCCGUGGGGCCGCAUCGCCACUUCCAUGCCCACGGCCCAGUCCCAGGCCCCCAGCACUAUACCUUGGGCCGGCCAGGCAGAGCCCCCAGACGGGGGGCCGGAGGACACCCUCAGUUCGCUCCACAUGGCCGCCACCCCCUGCACCAGCCCACCUCCCCCUUGCCCCUGUACAGUCCUGCCCCCCAGCACCCUCCAGCCCACAAACAGGGCCCCAAGCACUUCAUCUUCAGCCACCACCCACAGAUGAUGCCAGCAGCGGGGGCUGCUGGGGGCCCUGGAUCCCGGCCACCAGGGGGUUCCUACUCCCACCCCCACCACCCCCAGUCACCAUUGUCACCGCACUCACCCAUCCCACCCCACCCCUCCUACCCGCCCCUGCCCCCACCCUCACCCCACACCCCACACUCGCCCCUGCCGCCCACCUCCCCCCACGGCCCACUGCACGCCUCUGGGCCCCCUGGCACGGCCAACCCACCCACUGCAAACCCCAAGGCCAAGCCAAGCCGGAUCAGCACCGUGGUCUGAUGAACGGAGAGUGUGAGCUGGGGACUAGGGAGGUCUGGGGAAUCUGCAGGAGAGGGGCCUCACACCCUCUCUGCUUCCUCAGUUUUUCCAAAACAUAUAUACACAUAGACAUGUCCUCCCCGCCCACUGCCUCCCUGCCUUGGGACCCCUCCUCUAACCCCCAACAGUCUCUAUGGGAUUUCCUUCCAGAUUCGAGACUCCUUGCCACUUGAAGCCUAUACGCAAGGCUCUCAAGCUCUGGGGAGUGGUGAGGACCUUUCAGAGAACCUCGUCCUCUUUCCUCUCUUCACCCUCCCCCCUCCCUUGCCCUGGAGGUCUAGUUGGGUGGCCUCAGACCUCCGGGCCAGUGUGAGCUCCCUGUCAGCUCUGGCUGGUAGGGAAGGGCAGGUGUUGGGAACAAUGAGGGUGAAGGCUUCCCCAGGGCACCUCUGGCCACGUAGGGCCAGGAGGGAGCUCUGUAGAGUUGUGGCCAAACCUCAGCUGGCUCGGCCCUCUCUCUGACCUCAGGGCCUGGCCACGCACCUCCACGUGUCUCUCCACCUGCUGGAGGACGUGGAGUGUCAGUGCACGCGGUGGGUGGGCCCCCACUUACGCUGGUCCCCAGGUGGGGCAGUGCUUCCUCUUUGGAGCCAAUCUCUGCCCUCUCUCCAGUGGGCCCCAGCCCAGACCUCUUCAGCUUCAGGACCUUGCCUCUCCUUGCAACGUUCACAUCCUGAUCAAAGUCCAGACAGGUUUGGGGCGGGGGGGGGGGGGGCUCAGGUCUGGGAUGAGAAGGGCGCUGCCCUCCCUCACCCAUAUUGCAUGCCCCCCAUUCCCUCACACCUACCCCACCUACAGCUGAAGACAAUGCACUUUAUAGAUAUUGCCCACACACACCUUGCUGGGGCAGGGCGCCCAGCAUCAGCCCUGGGGAGAGGGGCUCCCAGAGGGCCACCGUGAGCCUGAGAUGUCCUUCCUGAGGCAGAGAUUGGAGCCAUCAGAGUGGGGGCUGGGAGCCAGGAUGCCUGAGUCCUUCUGUCCGCCAAACUCUCCGCUGCCUCUCCAGCCCUUUUACAGCCCUGUUUAUUUAUUAUAAAUAUAUUUUUUACAAGCCCCAGCUCCUCUCCUUGCCCCACAUAUCCAGCUCCUUUCUCAGCUCCUGCCUCCCUCUCCCCUCUCCACCAUGGGCUGCAGUACAGACAGACAGCUAGACCCUGGCUGUAUGGAGGGCCAGGGACCCCAGGGCUUGGGGGUGGGGAAGAGCAGCAGUGGGAGGGGCUGUAUGGAGAGGAGCUGGGGUUUAGGCAUUGUCUUUUUUCCUCCUUGUAUAUAAGAAUGUAUAUUUGAUGCCUCAUAAAAGACCUUGUGCUCAC